AUGGGGAGCCAAUCUGCAGGAAACGCGACACCGCCCGAGGCAUCGACACCAGCUCCUGUUACUACAAUCUCUCCGUCGAAAUCCCCGUCAAGAUCUCCGCCGGCUCAAAACGAACUUAUCCCUAGAGACGAUUUCGAUCAUGAUCCUCAGAGCGAGGCUGACCCUUCCCUUGGGACGGAUACCGAGAGCUCGACCGCCUCAGUUUCUGCCAGCAUCCUCGAGUAUCGCCGAAGCCAGGGGCGCACGUACCACAGCGACAGAUUCACCUCCAACUACUUUUUGCCCAACGACUAUCAACAAAUAGAGUCUAUGGACUUAACACACCAUUACUUGACGCUCCUUUUAGACAACGAGCUGCUCCUCGCCCCUGUAAAGACAGACUCUGCACAGCAAGUUCUAGAUGUUGGUACCGGAAGCGGUAUCUGGGCUAUUGAAUUUGCAGACCGAUACCCAAACACGGAAGUCAUUGGCACAGAUCUCUCUCCUUGCCAGCCCCAAUGGGUCCCCCCGAAUCUUCGCUUCGAGAUUGAUGAUGCGAUCCAAUCCUGGACAUGGGGAGAAAACCACUUUGACUUUAUUCAUAUUCGGUAUCUCUUUGGUGCCAUUAGGGACUGGGACGCUCUGUUCAAAGAGGCAUAUCGCUGUUGUGCGCCGGGAGGUUGGGUCCAGUCGGGUGAGGCCGACGUCAGGUUCCGCAGUGAUGAUGGGACUACCGAGCUGGAACCUGUUUUCGAAACCUAUCAGAAGCUUUUUGAAGAUGGUAGCCAAAUUCUAGGCAACCCUUUCUUCGUUCAUGACCUGCAACAAACGGCUUUCGAAGAGGCUGGCUUCAUAGAUGUUGAAACGAUUGAUUACAAGUUCCCUAUCGGUGGUUGGCCCAAGGACCCAAAACUCGCCGAGAUUGGUCUACUCGUCAAAGCUACACUAGAGAACGACCUGGAGGGUUACACCCUUAUGAUGUGGCAAGAUAUUUGCCACUGGCCCCGUGAUGAAUACCAGAUAUUCCUUAUGAGCUUACGCAAAGCGAUACGUAACCCUGAGGUACAUAGCUACAUGACUGUGCGUUACGUCUACGGCCGCAAGUAG